AUCUCCAUAUCCCCGUAUCCGUCCACGCCCGCCCGCCCGCCUUGCCACCAGCCAGCACCCCCCUCAACCCCCGGCCUCGCCGCCGCCGCCGCACCCCCCACCCCCCGCUGCCGCGCAGGCCGGUUGCUCCGAUUGGGCUGGAGUGCCAAUCGGAGCCAACAUCAGGGGGAAGCACAUGCUGCCGUUCGCGCGCCCUAGAGUUCCUCAUUGAUGUCGCCUGUGAUCAGUGAGAUCCUCCUCUCGGGGUUUAUGAUCAACUCCACACUCCGGCGCCGCACCCACCUCGUCCAGUCCUUCUCCGUCGUCUUCCUCUACUGGUUCUAUGUCUUCUCAUAAACUACUCGCCCCCGUCACCGCCACGCCCCUCUCCUCCUCCCCGUCCCUGCCUUCUUCUCCUCCUUCUUCCCGUUCCAUCUAGUAGCAUCCACCGUCACCCUCUUCUCGUUUCUUCUGCCCAGUCUCUGCCUUCUUCUUCGUCGUCGUCGUCUCGGUUUCAGUCGUUUCCUAAAACUUUACCUUGCAUGCACUUCCCUACUACUGCUGCUGCUAGCGAAGACCUUUAUUAGUUAUUAGUAGUGUUAAGUUAUUACCAACAAGAAGCAGAAAGAAAGAAAGAAAAAAGGGAUCAAGAAGCAGAGAGCUGUUCUGUUCUUUUUUCCCCCUCUCUUGCAAGAAAGGGCGGUUCUUGCGCGGACGGAACGCAGGAACAAUGGCUUCCUCCAGCGGGAGCGGGAGCGGGAGCUCGGGCUUCCUCUCGGCGGCGCUGGACUUGGCGGCGGCGGGAACGGAGGAGGAGCUGCGCGCGCUCAUGGCGCAGCGCCGCGCCAAGCGGAUGCUGUCGAACCGCGAGUCGGCGCGGCGGUCGCGGAUGCGCAAGCAGCGCCACCUGGACGAGCUCACGGCGCAGGCCGCGCACCUGCGCCGCGAGAACGCGCACGUGGCCACCGCGCUCGGGCUCACCGCGCAGGGCCUCCUGGCCGUCGACGCCGACAACGCCGUCCUCCGCACCCAGGCCGCCGAGCUCGCCGCGCGCCUCGGCUCCCUCAACGACAUCCUCGCCUGCAUGAACACCACCAACGCCGCCGCCGCCGCCGCUUUCUCCGACCCCUACCUCGCCUUCGACGGCGCCGCCACCGCCUUGGACGACCUCCUCAGAUCCUGCCCCGACAGCAUGAUGUUCGAGUACCAGCUCUGCUAGCUCGGGACCGAAGUCGCCAUGGCAGCACAAAGCAUCGAGAGGAGGGAAAAAAACAUCUUUUUUUUUUGCUGCUGGUGUUUCAGGUUAGUGAUCUGCUAGUGAGAUGGAACUGAAGGGCAGAUCAGACGUGGCGGUGAGCCAUGAAACUACCGUCACUGUACUGUGCUAUCAACUGGGGGUGGGAAAAAAAACCCAACUGGGGGCUGGGUCACUGCACCUAAUUAGCUAGCUAGAUGAUGCUGGGGUUAUGGUUAAUGAACUACUACUUACUACUAAUUACCAGGUGCAAGUGUAACUCGAGGUCUGAUCUGCUUUCGUGUACUGUGUCACUCCACUCCAACUGUGUAGCAAUCAGAGCAGUAACCUUACUAGUAUCUCCUUUCAAACAAAGGAAGUGCACCAUACAAUCUACAUUU